AACUCGAACUUCACAUAACCAUUUCUUCGAAGUCACAUUAGAAAUUCCAAGACCACGUAAAGUAGAUUCUAUAUAUCAAAUCUACAGAAGAACGUUCUGAAAUUUCUAAUCGCUGUCAAAAACAAGAGUAGUAGCACUCCAAAAACUAGCAAAUAUUCGAAGUUAUAAGAAGUCUCUGGAUACCAAUUCCGGCCACCAGAACCAGAAACAAAUCUCUGGCGUCCCCGUGCGACAAAACAAACAAACAAAUAAAUAUAUCCUUACCCCUCCAUACCAGCGGCAAAUAUUAUUACAAAAAACACACCACAGCACACUUCACCAAGCAAACGAAAUACAAACCAUCACUAUGUCGAGCGAAGAAGAUAAAACGGUGGCCAAUCUCUCACAUGUCUCGAUCAAUGGGGAUGACGUCGAAGGUCAUGAUGAAUCUAUUGCGCCCCGUAGCGACAGUGGGUGGGAUGGAAAACUACGUAUAGAGAAGGAGAAUGGCAAGAAGUUAGAGCUUGUCAAUCCAGAAGCUUUAUCUGAUCCCGAGUAUUCGGAUGAAGAGAAUGUUGUCCCGGGGGAAAUUAUAAAUGCAGACGAAGGUACACAACGCUUUCGUUCCUUCUCCCUGCCCAAAGAUAUCUAGCAGUACCAUAUUAACAUGACCCAGAUCUCCUCGACGACUAUCCCCUUGACACCGAAGAAAUAGACCUAGUACAUGCGCGAAUUUCCUCCAUCCCAUCUCUCAGACUCUCCCGUUUCUCCCAAGUUCAACGACUUUGCCUCCGCCAAAACACUAUCACCACAAUCGAAGAACUCUCCCCUCUCGCAUCUACCAUCACCGAACUCGAUCUAUACGACAACCUAAUCGCGCACGUCCGCGGACUAGAAGAUCUCAUCCAUCUGACCUCCCUCGACCUCUCCUUCAACAAACUAAAACACAUCAAGAAGAUAAACCACCUCACCUCCCUCACGGACCUCUACUUCGUCCAGAACAAAAUAACCACCAUCGAGAACCUAGAAGGUCUAACCAAACUACGCAAUCUAGAACUAGCCGCGAAUAGGAUCCGCGAGAUCCAGGGCUUAGACACAUUAGUAGGAUUAGAAGAAUUAUGGCUGGGCAAGAACAAAAUCACCGAGAUGAAAAAUCUCGACGCCUUGCAAAAUCUCAAGAUCCUAAGUAUCCAGAGUAAUCGCAUCCGCUCCAUAAGCGGCCUGGAUAAACUUUCCUCGCUGGAAGAACUAUACAUCUCGCACAAUGCGUUAACAUCACUCGCGGGUCUGGAAUCAUCUUCUCAACUUCGCGUUUUGGAUAUUUCGAAUAAUCAAAUAUCGUCUCUGGCGGGCAUCAAGGGUUUAAAGGAGUUAGAGGAGGUAUGGGCGAGUUAUAAUCAAAUUGCCGAUUUUAAUGAUGUCGAGGAACAUUUGAGAGAUAAGGAGAAGUUGACUACGGUCUAUUUUGAGGGGAAUCCUUUGCAGUUGAGGGCUCCGGCUUUGUAUAGGAAUAAGGUGCGCUUGACGUUGCCGCAGCUUAUGCAGAUUGAUGCUAGUAAGUUUAGUUUUUUGUGCUGUAGGUAUCGGUUUCUUGACUAACAAUAUGACAGCUUUUGUUAGGGUUUCAUAGAAUGCGUAUUUACAAUGAGAGAGUUGGCAUGUGGAAAUGGGAAGUGCUCAGAAGGGUAGACAUAAUCGGCAUACAUGUCAUGAAGAUAUUAUAGCAUUGCAAUGGAGUUCUUGGUGGGAAUUGGAUGGGUUUCAUGGAAAUCACAGCAUACACAUGGCAAUUAUAAAUGUUGCAUUGCAAAGUGAAUGGAAGACUAUAAUAAGAGUUCUAGACACUACUCAGCGUACACGAAAUCACAUUAAUAUUGACG